AAGUUAGGGAAGAGGAUGAAGUCAGGGAAGAAGAAGAGAUUGGAAGGAGAAUAUGCAAAAAAAAAAAGGGGGGGAAACAAGAAAGGACUUUCUUGUAAAUGGCAGAUGAAUUUAUGAAGUUAGAACUCAGGAAGAUGACAAAGUUAGGACUCAGGAAGAUGAUGAAGUCAAAAGAAAAUGGAAUUACAAAGAAAAUUAGGGGAAGAGGUAAUCAGUAGGCACAAAGCUUCCUGUUUCUGCCCUAAUUGGAGUCAAAAUUCCAAUUUAAACCCUUGAUGCUUCUAUACUUUUUGUCAUUUUGUGUCAUUUUAAAAAAGUGAUCGCUUCAACAUCAAAGCGCUUUUAUCGCUUCACUUCGCUUCAGUUGCUUUGGGACCGCUUCUUUUAAGUAGAGCGCUUCAGAAAUUUUGAAGCGGUGGUGCCUCUAAUCGGUUCGCUUCAUCGCUUUAAGCGGUGAAGUGAUUGCUUUUGACAACACUCGACAUGUUCAGCUAUCUGGUUAUUGGAAUCUGGGCAUUUUGUGAAAUUAAUGGCAUUUCCUAUAUUAUUCAGGUCUACAGAGUCUCUGAUAUGGAGCUUGUCAGAGUACUUCCAAGUGCAGAAGAUGAGGUAAAUGUGGCUUGUUUUCAUCCUUCUGUGGGAGGUGGCCUUGUCUAUGGAACCAAGGAAGGGAAGCUAAGAAUUCUCCAGUAUGAUAGAUCACUUGAUGUAAAUCAUACCACACCUGUUUUCAUUGAUGAAAAUAUGCUUGAGGUCCCAACAUAUGCUGCUUUAGAAUGCUAGUAACCAACAAAUAUUACUCACUAAUGAAACAUACGGCUCGGCUGAGAUGAUUUUUUCCACUGACUAUUUGCUGAACUACAAGAAUUCAUUUCCUUCCAUUUCAUCCAGUGGUCAUAAACAGAUUGCAUCUCACUACUUAAGCCCUCAGCUGGUAGCUAAAUGCAAAUACAAGUUUGUUCUCUCUGUUGUUUUCUGGGUUAGUACAUGUCACCUACAUCAUCUGGAAUCUAGCAUGGGAGAUAGGUGUACAUGCAAACCCCAUUUGGUCUCAAGAUUGGCAUUCAAGCAGUCCUUUUUACACGAACAGAAAGGGAUCGAAAGAUUAAAAAAGAAAAAAAGUGUAGUCCCGAUGUGUAUCGUUGAUGAAUUGAUAUUGUUGUUAGAUUUUUAUAAAAAUAAUUAGAUUUUCUCAUCCAUUGCUGGUCCAGAUAAAGAGAUGAUUUGUUGUUAUGUGUUUGCCUUUUCUACCCUAUUUGUCAACUUGGAACCUUUCAUGGUGAAAGUGAUAAUUCAAUUGUGCAGUUAAUCCAUACAAUCUCAUCUUGAUUGAAGGAAUUGUUCAAUUACAUAGUUUUUUAAAGAAAAAAUAGAAAGGUAUCUAUUAA